AUGCUAGGCAUCUUGAGCCAUCUUGACUUCAAAGCGCGGCCGUUUUGUUUUUCAGUGGCAGGCGCCAGCGCAGCGGUGAACAAGGCGAAGAUCAUCUGUCAGCAGUGUCUAGCCCCUGGACACUGGACCUACGAGUGCAAGAACGGCAGCACCUACCAGGUCCGUGCCAGUGCCUCACGGCAGCUCAAGCAGAAGCGCUUCAAGCAGGCCUUCCUGGAAGAAGAGGCUCAUUGCUCCGAUGUGCUCCCAUGCGAUGUGUUCCGAUGUGCUGAGAAAGGUGGAAGGAGUCAGAUGAUUUGGCGUGGGGCUUUGGGGGCUUUGGGGGUUGUGGGGCUUUGGGCGUUGGGGGGCUCUUUGUUCUGGAAAAACAACACAAAACACACAUAA